AUGCAAUUAAAAUACUUCUACUUCUUGCAAGAUGCCAAUGUGGCAAACUUCACGAAAGAUAUUAUGGCAAGCAGUGCAGUCACAGAGGCAAGUCGUAAGAUAGCACCAUUCAGAUUUGUGAAAGAAUCAAACAAGAACAAAAAUUUUAAUAAAAAUAUAAACAACUGGCUUGUGAAAGACACAAGAACAGAUAAAAACGACAAUAACUGCAAUAAAAUUAAUUUCAACGAUGGACCCCCAAAAAAAAAAGUUUUUAUUGAAACAAGCGAAUUAAAAACUGCAGCUCCUUCACAUUCAUCUAACGAUAAUUCAGACAAGAAAUUUGUUGAUUCGUGUAAAUUCAGUUUUGGCGAACAAUCAAAAAAUAAUUACAAAAACAUUUCGACAAGCCAGAAACUAGAAAAAAGCGAAGAUGUUGAAAAAAAUGAAGAGAGAAAAUUCAAAAUAGUUCGCCGGGUGUCGGAAGAGGAACUCGCUGACGGCAGGAGCGUGUUUCAAUCGUUAAAUGUUCAAAGUGGGAAUAUUGAUGAACCAUCAGGAAUGAUGGAAACUCAAUCGUUAAUUUUUUCAAACACUUCCAGGCAAAAAAAUAAUCAGUUGCCAGUUUUAAAUUCAAAUCAGAUGAGUCCAAAAAUUAUCAAUAAAACUAACGCUUUGUCUGUUGAAAACAUAAAAACAUUUCAAUUUAAAUUUGGAAAAAAUAAAACUAUAAAUGACAAGCAAUUAAUGAAUGGUUUCAAAAGCAUAGCCGUAACCAAAAUGAACAAUAAAAUAUCAACCAAUCGAAAUAUAGACAAUCCACAAGCAAGUUGUCCUAGACCAGUAUCUGUUCAUGGUCAAAUUCUUAAUGAAAACAAUUUGGAAAAUGAGUCAAAUUCGCUACAGUUUAUGUAUUUUGCAGGAAACAAGCUAACUAAUUUUUCACAUCAUUUCCUCAAUAACAAUAAAAACAACAGUGAUGUUCAAAUUGAAAAUAAUUUAGAAAUUAAAACAUCUGACACAGAAAUGAAAGUGAUCGAAAAGGAUGAAGAGCACGAAAAUCUGCAAACUUGCGUCAUUGGUGUUCAAGAUAGUGCAAAAAAGAAAAUUUCAAUAAGAAAACAAAAAUAUCCCUUCAUAGAAAAAUUAUUUGAACAUAAUCGACAAAGAAAUAGACAAAAUUUAAACCUUAGCAACUCAAAAAAUUCAAAACCGAAAUUUUUGGUUGUGAAGCCAUCUAGACGCGAUCAUAAAAAAGCCGAUCUAAACCGAGAGAACUUUACUAACAACGCAUAUCCCGGCGGUGACGUAGAUGACUGUGGAGACAGCAAGUGUAUAAUAUCAAAUCAGAAACACAAACCCGUUUCCAAAAAUAAAAUAAAUCAUCAGCUUGACUAUAAAAAUAAAAUUAGAGACAAAACGAGCGGAUGGUCGUUGCAAGCGGGGAGCACUGACGCAGUCGUUGCAGUAAAGCCCAUGAAUGUCAAAAGCUCCACCUGUACGCUAAGUAACGGCGAUAAUCCCUCUAUGCAAAAAAACUGUUUUAAUGAAGGUAAUUUUGAAAAUAAUGCAAAAAAUUUCACGACAAUACAAUCGAAACUGACCAAAUCAAAAAGUUUAAAAAUGAAUUCAAACGAAGAUUUUGAGAUGAUAAACAAGAACACAAAUUUAGAACACAAAUUAAAACGUGCUGACAUGAAAAGAAUGAACAAAUUCAUUUCUUCACAAAAAAAUAAUGAAACAAUUUCGAUGGGCGAUCGGCACAUAGAGGAAGUAAAGUAUGAGCCCAAAUAUUGCGCAAUUAGUUCUCUUUGUGAACCUGUCCCUAAUUUUAACUCCGUCGGAACAAUUACUAAAAUCUCUCCUGAAACUUUAUUUGUGAAAAAACUAACUGCCAAACCGAUCGUAUUUGAAAAAUGCACUUUUAACCAUUACGAUGCAGCUGUCAAUCGACAAAUUGUCAUAUGUGCGGCCGUUUUUACUGACUACGGAAAAAAUCUUUUACUAAAAAAUAUUUCUAAUUUAAGUCUAAUUAGUGAUUUCAUGCACAGAGUGAAAUCUGCAACUACUCGGCGGUACGCUUGCACUUCCUUGAAUUUGCCCUUGUCACCAAAACUCGUGAUGUUUCCAAAAUUACCAAAAAAACUUCCAAAACCGGAAAUAUAUUUAAUGAAUAAUUUGAACAAACUUUCAGAUGAAAAUUACUGUCAGCACCAUUUUGAAGUAGUACAAACCUUAGGAAAGGAAUCUAAUGUUUCGUUGAAAGCUCUCAAGCACAACGAUAGCCAACUUCUAGAUGAAGCUGAUGAGCAAGUUUGCAAAAUGUUUGAUUUGAAAAGCGACAGAGAGUCAACAGUGUCGAGUGAAUUUGUGAUAGAGGUCAAUAAUUUGGAUGACAGCAUUAGUUGCAGAGAGAACAAACAACAAUUUUCCAUGGAAGAAAUGGAAAUACUGAACAAUUUUCUCAAAGAAAUCGCGCUAAAAUCCCCAUCUAUUCUAGCUGCUAAAGAAGCAUCAAACAUUUUUGCUUAUGCAAAAGAAGAGUUGAGAAAAUUGGAAAAAAAAUUCGAGAAUAAAUUAAAACCUUCAGUCACACCACUGAAAAACGAAAAAAACAAAUUUUCCCUUGAAACAAUUGACGAAUCAAAAUUUGCAACGAGCAAAGAAACUACAGGUUCAAAAAUAAAUCAUGAGGACAAACAGUCAAAUCCUCGUUCACUGCAGGGUAGAAGUAGUAAAAAAUCAAUUAAACGGGCUGCGAAAUCCCCUACUUACCAUGAUAACCUUACUUAUAUUUCUGAUCGUUUGAAAAAACUCAAGUUGCUGAAAAAUAAGAAUAAACAUAAGGAACGUUCAAUCCAUGACGUGAACAUUGAGGAUGGGGAAGAAACAGAACUGAAUAUAGAUGGAAAUGACAAAAAAAUUCAGGCGAAGGAGUCAAAAACAGCAAACAUUCGAAGUAAAUCUACAAAUUCAAAAAGAAAUAUUUCAAAUGAUAUGAAAUCCAUGAAAAAAAGUUUUGAUCUUAUAAAAGAAACCAAAAAUGUGACACAUGAUUCAGAAACUGAUGAUGAUGCUGGAAAUGAAAAUAGCAACCACCAGUACAAUAGCAACAAUGAUGGAUGUGAUAAAACUGGGAGCAGUCGUUACUCAGACCACAAAAUGAACAAAAACAGGAAUGCGCUAACGAGAUCUAUCUCUCAUCAAAACAGUCAAGCUUUGCUGAAAAUAAACAAAAUCAGUGCUAUAGAUAAACUCAUUGAGAAAUGCCUGCGCAAAGAAAAUUCUGACGACAACGAAGAAGUCUUGGUGAAUAACCACUCUGUCAACUCGACGCAAGCACAAAUGAAAUCAGAUGUCCUUGAACCAGUAAAAUUGUACAGCAAGCUAUCUACUGAGCAGCAGUUGAAAACUAGAGACUAUGGUGCAAAAGAAAUUAAACCAUUCAUUUUUAAUCCAAUAAAAACCCAAACAAAAAACCAAAGAUCCACAAUUCUUGAUUCCCAAAACUACGGUUCAAGUUUGAAUGCAUCGGCACAGAACGCAAAGGAAAGAGACUUGUCCAAAACAGUAAUGCAAAUGAUGCAAACAGCUCCAGAUGAUCAGGCAGCCCAAAUAUAUAACUUACAUCAAAGAAGAAAAUGCUACGUUAAAAAUGAGACUAGCAGCGUGCAAACAGUUGCAAACAGCACAACUUUUAAUGAAGUCAAUCAAACGCGUGCCGACGUAAACCAGAGUAACCUUAACAACCUGGAUGGCAAACGGUUUAGCAGAAAUGUUGAUUUAUCUGAUUUGUUGUCAAGUGGACUUAAUGAUGACAAUUACAAAACGUACAUUCAAAACAAAAAUGAGUACAAUACAAACAUAUACAAGAACACAAAGAGUAAUAUUUUCUAUUUUGACGACAAUGAAAAUGCGAACGAGAAGACGGAAAUGGAUUCAAACAACUACAACAACUCCGCCAUCGAAACCGGCGACGAAAGUGAUUAUGACCUUGGAAAUUUUUAUUACACUAAAGAGGAGAAGAAACUCAUCAAUUACAUAAUGAACAGUGAUCACGUGGAAGAUGAGGAUAACGGCAUUGUAUAUGGCUUGAAAAAUUUCAAAAUUAUCAAUCAAAAUAAAAACAAAUCCUUCGACCAUUUGCAACCAAAAAAUGUUUUCGAUCAAAAAACUGAACCGACAAAUUUUAAAUAUGUUAUGUGCUUAACACCACCAUUAAAUCACGGUGAUUUUAUUUGCAACUUUCAAGACAAUUUGCCGAAUAUGACUAACAACAACACAUAUAGCGACAAAACUAACAACACAUUUUUAGGGUUACACCUUGAAGGCUGCAAUAACUUUGAUAUCCAUAAAAAAAAUUUCGUUGAUGAUGGAAACCCUUGGAAAGAAUAUAUGGAACUCUUAAAAAUUAUACAAUGCAAAGAGGUGAAGAAAAAACAUUUCGAGGGAGUGAUGGAUAUCAUCAAGAAAGCAAAAUGCAUGGAAGUGAUCGAAAAAUUGGAUUCCGAACUGAAUAAACAAAGUUUGGAUCAAAUGUUGAAAAGAUCCCACGAAUUCCAAUAUUACCAACCAUACGGUUUUCAAGAGCUAAACCAACAACACCACCGACACCAAAAGAGCAAAUCAAAUUUUCAGCAGCAACUUUUCAAAAUACAAGAUCAUCAGUGUAAAAGUCAUCAUGAAACUACAGAACAUAAAAAGAAUUUAGAUGAAAUUUUGUUGAAACAAUUUCAAGUACAUUCAACUCGUAACAAAUCACUUCAAACGUUUUUUGACUGUCAAAAUAAUUGCCUUGAACCACUAUUUGAACAAUUUGAACCAAAGUUCGUAUGGGAAAACACGUCAACAAAUAUGUUUGAUCUCCAAAAACUGCAUCAACAAAACAACAUAAAGCAGGUAGAAAACAUUAAAAAUGAUCUUCAUCACCAACAAAAACUUUACAAAUUUGAGCAGUUCAAACAACCACCUAACUGCCACAAUUCUUUUGAAACUUCCUUGCUUUCAACAGCGACAACAAAAAGGACCACCACCUACAUGACGACAUCAUCGUCGGAAAAUCACAACGAAGAAUCACAUUCCGUUUUCGAAAUUAAACCAAACAGUUUUCGCUUAAAAAAUAUCAUUGCUCGAAUGUUUACUAAUUAA